UAAUCAAAUUCAAAUUCUCUCCCCCACUAGUGAUCCGUUCGUCGGAAAAUCGAAACCUUUAUAUAGGCCAGAGAAUAAAGUUAAGACCUAAGAAAGAGACUCCCAUUCGCUCCAGAAACAGACAGCCAUCUCUCUUGAGUCUUGUCUCUCUCUCGGCGCGCGUCUAUACGAAUUCAGAUGCAUCUCCUCGUCUGCAUUGCAUAGACCCACUCUUCUCUUCCUUCCCCUUUCUCUCUUUUCUCCAUUUUCAUGGGACCUCGCAAAACCUAACCCUAGUUUCUGUGAGCACUCAUGAUACCAGAAAGCACAGACAAAGAUUACCAACAGAUUUUCAAUUCUGAAAGCUAUGGUGAGAGAAGAGCAGCGACAACCAGAUGUGGUAACUCGCCGGGGUCUGGUGGUUGGGAAUUACUGCCACGAUAUUCUUAUCCGAGAUGGGCUUGUCGUCGGCGAGAGCCUCGGAGGUGCGGCCUCCUUCAUUUCUAAUGUCCUCGACGGCCUCUUGAUCCCCUGCGACUACGUGUGCAAGGUCGGCUCUGACUUCGCUUACUCGGUGACCCACCCUCCUAUGACGUCUCCCUCGUCGAUGACCACCCUCUUCCAUGCUCAUUUCUUUUCCAACAGGGACGAGAGUCGACAUCAAGAUCGUGUCCUCAGACGAAUUCAUGCCUGUGGUCCAAUUUCACCGUCUGAUCUCCCUGAAUCGCAAUUUGAUUUUGGUCUGGCUGUAGGUGUUGCAGGAGAGAUUUUGCCGGAGACACUGGAACGCAUGCUUGAUAUCUGUCGUACCGUGUUUGUUGACAUCCAGGCUCUUAUUCGCGUGUUUGACCCGGCUGAUGGAACCGUAAAGCUUGUUGGACUGAAAGAGAGCGGCUUUUUUCAUCUUCUCCCGCGCAUUGGAUUUCUUAAGGCUUCGGCUGAAGAAGCUCCUUAUGUAGAUAUUGAAGAGGCUAGGAAAUGGUGCAGCGUGGUUGUCACGGAAGGAAAGGAUGGUUGUAGGAUUUACUCGAAGGAUGAGAAAAUGCAAAUCUUGCCAUUUCCGGCCGUCCAGAUUGAUCCAACGGGCGCUGGGGAUAGUUUCUUGGGCGGGCUUGUUGUGGGACUUGUUCGUGGUUUGUCUGUGCCUGACGCAGCACUCUUGGGUAAUUUCUUCGGUUCGCUGACUGUUGGCCAGAUUGGGCUUCCGAAAUUUGACUCAAGGUUGUUGCAGAUGGUGCUGAUCACUGCUGCAGGAAUAGCCAACCACGCAAUUUUUGCUAACUUGGAGAGGCCUUGAAGCUCCCAAUUUCUUAAGAGAUCCAUCACUUUACUUGGCAUGACCCAGUAAAGUCCCACGGAAGCAAGAAAAUGAUCCCACAAAGCUGUUGAGACCGGACAAUGGAUAAAGAGAUGGCUGUUGUCCUCUUCAUUUCUGCAAGCAGAUCCAUCACUUGAUCCACUUCCCAAUCUUGAAAAGCCCUUCUGAAAACAGGAUUCCAAGAAACCACAUUUUCUCUCAGCUCAUAGCAGUUAGCAAUCAAUGCCUCUCGAUUCUCUGCAAUCUGGAACAGCUGUGGGAACAGUUCCUCUAAAGAUCUGAUGUUACACCAUUUAUCUUUCCAAAAUUUCGGGCGAUGACCAGACCCCAGUUUAAAGGAAAGUCCACUAUUUAGCAUAGGAAAGGAUUCCUUAAUUUUCUUCCACAGAGAACAUCCCAGAGAUGGGAAGUUACAAAUGGUUAGCUAGUCCCCACUGUCAGUUUCAUAUUUAGCUGCUAAAACCGAAAUCCAAUAUCUGAAAAGCAGAAAAGCUCUUUUUACGGAUCUGAUAUCUGAAAACAGCAAAUCUGCCUUUCUGCUUUUUAGAGCCUCUAUAAUAUUAAAAAAAGAGAGCAUCUUAGUCAUCAUAAUCCAUCUGAAACAUGUUUAAACAAGAUUCUCACAUGAGCUACCUGUUACCAAUCAGACAUAUUAUCACUUUUCAGAGGUGUAGAUGCUGAUUUAGGUGGCAUUUGAUAAAACUGAAGUCCAAUAUCUGAAAAGCAGAAAAGCUCUUUUUACGGAUCUGAUAUAUGAAAACAGAAAAUCUGCCUUUCUGCUUUUUAGAGCCUCUAUACUUUUAAAAAAUAGAGCAUUUUAGUCAUCAUAAUUCCUCUGAAAAGUGAUAAUAGGUCUGAUUUGGUAACAGGUAGCCCAUGUGAGGAAUGUGUUUAAAUGUGUUUCAGAGGGAUUAUGAUUACUAAAAUGCUCUAUUUUAACAGGUAGCUCAAUUUUAUCAUGUGAGCUUCUGGAAAGCAAGUUUUUCUGAUGUAACAAGGGGAUUUAUAGUUAGUUAAGAACACUUCUUUGGCCAACAAACUGGAAACUUCAUUGGAACAUCGAACAUAUGCUUAUAGUAAGUAUCAUAGUCUACCCAUUAAUCCUAAUAUUAUCUACAAUAUUUGCCAGAUGUUGUAGGCCCUUGAAACUUCCAAACCUCAAAUAGUGGCAUAUAGGGAUGGCAAUUUUCCCCAUCCCCGACAGGGACCCGACUUCCUCGACCCGA